GUAAGAAUGUGGCAGACGUUUGCCCACAGACAUUGGUCUUAAACCAUUAGUGUCGGCGCCGGCACUCGGGAGACGACGUCUAGAAGAAGCUGUAUCCAUGGUCCUGGUGACGCCAGCUAACCUCCUACUUGCGCAGUUUUGCAAUGCCGAUGUUGCUAAUGUGGUGCCGUUGCAACCCCCGGCGCGGGUUUUUACGACUCUCGCCACCAACGUUGCUCUAUCGGAGUCUAGUCUACUUGCCCCCGAACCCCUCGGCCCAAACAGAAGUCCAGAUCUGUGUAAGCGAACCCGGGCCCUCGGUGCAAUGCUUGCCCGGGGGCGGACCCAAGGUCCCUUCUCGUCCAAAUGGUCCCUUCCUCCUUGAGUCCGUCAUCCUCGUAAUUUGGUGAGAUGUCGUGGACAGUGGACCCGUGGCCUCUGCCGCUAUCGAAUGCAAGGACUGUGAUGCCGGGAUAUGUCGGCGGGCUUAGGUAGGCAGUACCAACCGUAGACUAUCGACAACGGGCAGUAGACCGUUGGU